CCUGCCUCUGCAGCGAAUGCCCGCAUCUGCGUGCUUUAGACACGCACAGGGAGAAAGAGAAUCCGUGGAAAUGCGCCCAAAGGUGUGAGAUUAAGAAGUGCAAAGCCUGACAUGUGCGAUGGCCCAUCGACAAUUCCUUUCCCAAUUGGCCUUCGCAGUAUUUUUGAUGAAGCGGUUAUCUACAUUCACAUAUAAUUUAUAUCCCCACAUUGUGCCGCUUGGCAAUCAAGGCCAAAAAAAAAAAAGGUGAUGAGUCAGUGAGUUAGUGAGAGAAUGGGCAGGCCAGGGGACGAGCGAGCGUGCUACUAUGCUAGUGGACCAGGAAGCGAGGAUACAUUGUCCUAAUCUACAAGGACAGAGUGCAUGCUAAACACGAGAAGAGAGGCAGCUACGCCCCCCUUGGUGCAUCGAAAGAGAAACGCGAGACUGGAGAGUGGAACAGCGGGCACUCCCCCACCAAGUGGGGACAUCGUCGGCUCGGUGUCGGACGACGCGCGAAAUGCGGACGCUGCGGCUGCGAGAAUGCUCCCUCAUUUUGUGUUUGUUCGCCUUGUGUCUCGCCCAGGCACUCGACGAUCGGGCGGAGCAGACGAAACGCAUCAAAGCUAGCAUCCUGAACACCGCCAAGUACCGGAGGACUGCGAGGCCUCAGACGAGCGCGAACGAAACGACCGUUGUUUCCUUCGAACUGAAGGCCCUCAGCGUCCCCGCUCUGACACCAAGACGCCGUCAUCUAUUCCUGAGCGCAUUCAUUUGCCUGUCAUGGAAAGACAAGCGCAUCGGCUGGGACCCCGACAAGUACAAUGGUGUGGACAGCGUUUUCGUCAACUCCACCGAGAUAUGGACGCCGUCACUAAUCCACAUGUCACCGUUGGACUUGCGUGGAACCAGGGAUGCCAUGGUAUCGCUCACCAGUUCGGGAGAAGUUACAUGGUGCCCCCUCUACUCCAUCAGCGGGGUAUGCGAGACGGACAUGAGCGACUUCCCGUUCGACCGGCACAAUUGCGGCAUCGCCUUCACCAACGCCAUUUCACAGGAGAAGGAAGUAAACCUUACGCUGACGGGUCAGCCGACGCUUCCCGAACAGGAGCAUUCAGAAUUCAGAGUUAUCUCCAUAGUGGGCAAGAGGUCGUUGCUGAGCUUCAACAUGGGCGAGUACGAGUACCCGGAGAUCUCGUUCCACGUCCUUCUCGAGAGGCGCACUUUGCUGCACCUGUUCACCGUCCUGCUGCCCACCGUCGCCGUGGUGCUGCUCUCGUUGCUCGUCUUCUGGCUUCCGCCCGAGUCCGAGCGCAAGCUGACGCUCAUUGGAGCCGCCCUGCUGACCUCCCUGCUUCUGCUUUACCGGACGGAUGACAUCGUCUCGGGCUCUAGCCACGUGCCCAGGAUAGUCAAAGUUCUUGGAGGUGGAGUGUUGAUGAACGCCCUCAUCGCGGUCAGCACCGUGCUCAGCACAAACAUGGCCCGGAGUCCACCGUCCUGCGCUCUGCCAGUGUUCCUCGUCAAGUUCUCCGAGUUCGUGGUGCACCGGCUGCCCUGUCCCUGUCCUGCAGGCCGAUCUGGCAUUGGUGAAGACGAUGUCAGUGUGCAGAACAAGUGUUACAACAACGCCGUGGCCCGCGAGUGGUACACCGCGGCUCGCGCUCUGGACCGUGCCCUCGGCCUCGUCUGUACGGCUGCUUACGUCGUCCUCUGCCUGUGACGCUUCCCUGUACUGUCGCUAUAACUUGUAACGCUAACAAGCGGAUACCGACUAUAGUGCGUUCGGUUGUUCGCCGACUCGCUUGCAUCCGGCCGUAACAGCCGCCUAAUUUACGUUCCAGUACGUACCCUUAUAGGCAUUGUGCAAAACAACGGCCAAAUUGCUUUUAGAACACCGCAGUUUACGUGCACAUGCCCUGCAUAGGUCUUUCAUGAGACGAAAUGCUGAGCGAGAAAGCUUAUCAUUACAUUCUAAGGGGACAUUACACAGAAACGUUAUUUGGAGUGUACUAGUAAACAGCCUUACAACAAUACCAAAACGGUCACUGUUGCCGUGAGAACAAUCUUGGUAAGCCAGAAAAUGCGAAAGACGGCCGGGUGGCUACGCCGCGUUGAAUUUGCCGCAGUGACUAACCUUGACGUCUUGCAUUUUGACGGCGUCCAUUAGAAUCUAGCUGCUCAAUCCCAAUAAAUGGUUUAUCGGCAAAGAGACUAUAUUGCAACCAAAGACUGUAUUUGCAGGCUUAUAGAACUGUUACUCCUCCACAACGCCACAAACACGAAAAAAUUUAUACUUCGAUAUCCGUGACGUCAAAAUAACGGACAUAAACUGGAGUUCUGGCGCGAAAUAGAAGAAGGAUGUCACGAUUGACCUUCGGUUUCUCUUUUAAUAAGCAAGAUGUUGCGUCAUUGCACGUCAAUUCAACCAGCGUUUUUUCGAACAUCAUAGAUAUAGCUGAAAAAAGUUUCACAUAUUCCUCUGACAUUUGAAAUACGGUCUUUCCGUUUGUUUUUCUUGCAAGUUUCUUUCUAGUGGGUUGGUGACAAUUGAUUUUUCCUGCCCAGCUGUGCUGGCCGGCAUCACUGAACAUUGUUUUUUCAAAGGCACCUUGUAUGAUCGAUUGGCCGAAAAGGUGUUUAUGGGAAGACAAUAAAAUGGUGUGGCUGAAAAAUA